CACACAUUUUUGCUGGAAUUUCUUGAACACGGCGGUGUUCUGUGUCUGCAGGAACUAUGCGUUUCUCCACACGGCAAGGAAAUAGACAAACGCUGGGCACUGCAAGUUCUGUCCUGUGUGGCGAAUGCGGGAACUAGAUACAAGGAGACAAUUUGCGAGUGCUAUGGUAUUCGUGCUGUCGCUGAAUGUAUGGCUAAAUCUACUUCUGAAGAGACACAGGAAGCGGCACGUAAUUUACUGGAAAUUUUGGCUGAAGGCAAUCCCCGUUUUGCUGAUCAGGUUUACAAGGGUCUGAUUGGUGUGUUGCCGUGCCACUCGCCAAAGGCGCAACAACUUGCUUUGCAAACCAUUCGUGUGUUACAGUCCACACGUGAAACGGCAAACCGAGCUCUGAUAGAUCGAAUCAUCUAUCUUCUGGAAUCUUUGCAUUUAGAAGUUCAGUCUGCCGUGAUCGAAUUGGUUCGAGAUCUGAUGCAUUUUGAUAUUGCCGAUGACAUUCUCGCGGCCCUGGUCGCAUUGUUACGUCCACAACGGGAGAUUCAAUUGGGGAAAUUGUUCACCGAGGCGGCCUCAAGUUCCGAUUUCAGUUCAGCUUGUUCGGACAGCGAAGACAGUGAAGGUUCCGAUUCACAUCCACAUAGCGGGAAAUCGGCAACUCCACAUGGCCCGGCAGACAACAAUCAUCCGACCGGUAAAGAGGAUAAAUUAGGCACCGCGGGUACCGGUCGCAAGCCGAAAAUCACAUUCCCAGGAAAAAAAUCCCCGAUAACCAAACGUUCCAAACGUCCCGUACAGGGUAUUUCACCUGUGCGUGGAUCUGUACGCACCUCGACUAAUCGCGUUGCCGGGACACAUCUGAGUCGGUCCGGAUCAGCUCAGCCGCAUUCCGGAUCGCUGGGUGCUCUGUCCAGUCUACUGUAUGCGUUGGGGAAUCUGGAAUUCCCUGAUAGUCAACGCCAAGCCAGUCUAACCGUUGAAAUUUUGAUUGAAAAAAACUGGCAUUCAUCUUUGAUCAAACGAAAUGAUAUCCAUCCGGAUUCCGAUGUUGUUGUCAUACAUCGCUAA